CAAACGCCAAAAAGAACAAAAAAAAAACCCUAAUCGGGUUCAGUGACGGUUUGCGGAGGAGUUGCUGGAUAGAGAGAAGGCAACGGGGAAGAUGGACGCCAUGAGGAAGCAGCUCGAUGUGCUCAUGGGAGCUAAUCGAAACGGUGACGUAAAGGAGGUGAACCGCAAAUACUACGAUCGAGAUGUUUGUCGUCUCUUCUUGUCUGGCCUUUGUCCGCACGAACUCUUCCAAUUAACGAAAAUGGAUAUGGGCCCCUGUCCAAAGGUUCAUUCUUUACAGCUGAGAAAAGAAUAUGAAGAAGCCAAGGCAAAAGGUGUUGAUAACUAUGAUAGAGAAUUGGAAGAUGCUAUAGAUAGGCUCAUUGUUGAGUGUGAUAGGAAAAUCGGUCGGGCUCUUAAGCGUCUUGAAGAUGAGGAUGCGAAGGCUGCCAUCGCAAUAUCAGUCUCGGAGGUUACUCAGACACCUGAAAUUCUUGAGUUGUCAAAGCAGAUCAAGGAGAAGCUGAAGGAAGCAGAUCAACAUGAUCUUGAAGGCAAGACUGACCUAAAGAUUCGAGCUCUGGAGGUAGUUGAAGAACUAAGGACAAAACGAGCUGAUAAACAGUCCAUACUACUUUUGGAUGCAUUCAACAAAGAUAGAGCAUCUUUGCCUCAGCCACUUCAAAAUCCACCUGCUCUUGCACCUUUGCCAAUACCUGCACCUGAUCCUCGUACACAAGAAAUGAUCAAUGAGAAGCUAAAGAAGGCAGAGGAUCUUGGUGAGCAGGGAAUGAUAGAUGAGGCACAGAAGGCAUUGGAAGAGGCUGAAGCACUGAAGAAGCUGCCUGCCAGGCAGGAACCUGUUCUGGAUUCGUCCAAGUACACUGCUGCUGAUGUUCGAAUUACUGAUCAGAAGCUACGUGUUUGUGACAUUUGUGGAGCAUUUUUGAGCGUCUACGACAGUGAUCGUCGCUUAGCAGAUCAUUUUGGAGGGAAGUUGCAUUUAGGCUAUAUGCAAAUUCGGGACAAAUUAGCUGAACUUCAGGAAGAAAAAAACAAAAGUCGCAAGGAUCGAUAUGACGACAGAAGAUCGAAGGAAAGGAAAAGCAAGGAUCGGGACAGGGAAUCUAGUAGGGAUAGAGAACGUGGAGAAAGCCGUGACCAGGUAAGGGACUAUGAUCGCAGGAGCAGAGAUCGUGACAGGUAUUAUGAUCGAGAUCGUGGUUAUGAUCGAGAACGUGAUAGGGAUUCGGAUCGUUCUCGCAGUUAUGAUUCAAGAAGUCGGCGUAGGUCACGCUCCCGUUCUAGGGAGCGUUCAAGGGACUAUGAUCGCCACAGGCGGUAUGAUCGAUAUUAGAUCUUUGUGGAUGGACUGCCAGAUGGAUUUUGGGAUCCUUGUUCUUGUCUAGGUAACUCAUUCAGGGAGGUUAUAAUAUUUGGUGUGUUUGUACUCGUAAUCUUAGUGGAGAUUGACAGUUGCAACUGUUGUGGGUAUAACUUAAAGAUUUUCAUUACGCCUGUCUUGAAGAGGGAUGCAUACAGUAUCUUUAUGCCUCUUAUGAUAUUUAGUUAUGCUUGGUUUGUGUCA